AUGGCAUCCAGGACAAAGCGAGCCCCGAGCAUUCAGUACGAGCUGGAGGAGUUUGCUUUCAAGGCCAGGUUCUCAGUGUAUGGGCUGGCGAGGGAGCAGCAGAAGGCCAUCCAAAAGAAAUUGCUUCUGCACAGGAUGGUAUUUCUGGCUAAGAUCUCCCCGGAGCUGGCCGACAAACAGGAUUUAGCAGGGUACUGGCACCGUCUCUUCCUGAGUCUGCAGCGCUACUACCAGGGCGAGGGGGUCACGGGCCUCCUGCUGCUCUACCCCACCUAUGUGGUGCACACCCUGGAGGCCUCCAGCGAGGUGCUUUACUCCAUCCUGAGGGACCUGCGAGACAUGCAGGCCCAGCAGCACAGGGCCCUCGUUCUGGAGCCCAAGAUCCUGGUGCUGUCCCACAACAUUCCCUCCCGGCUAUUCCAGCAGUGGAGCUACAAGGUGCUGGCUGUGCCCAGCAGGCACCUGGGCUACGACACCUCGCGUGAGGAGCCAAUUGAGACCAUCACUGGCGAGUGCCUGGCGAUGCUCCUGAAACUGGGGAUGCACCUGCUGAAAUACCCCAAGAGCCCCCUAAACCUCCCUGAUGCCGUUCUGGAGGAGGUCUCCAACUUAAUUAUUCCCCAGGACACCAUCUACCACCUCCUGGAGUGCCGGGAGCUCCUGAGCCCUGCGCAGUUCCUGCAGGCCUACGAUUCUCCCUUGAACGUCGUCAUGGACUCAGAGCGCGUGUGGCCAGUGCCUGGGAAGGUGAAGCUGGACGCUGUGAGCUCGUGAAUGAAAAGGACUUGGGGCCCAUGGAUGCGUGGGGCAUGGCUGAGAUUGGAGGGGUGCAGGCAACAGCCCAGGCACUGCUCCAGCCCACAGCUGGUCAUGCAGUGCUCAGGGCGUGGCUGAUCUCGGCCCAUGAUCGUGGGGAACAUCCAAGAGCAGCACGGGAGAGCGGCCAGAGGAGCCUGCGUCUCACCAGUGGAAUGAUGGGCUCAGAUGGACAAAUGGGUUUAACUGUAAUUAUAUGGGGAUUAACUAGC